UCACCUUGCUUGAAACUUCCGGACGGUAUUUACGGAGUUGGAUGCUCGCGAUGGGUAUUAGUUUGCGUGAUUGGUGAAACUCGUUACGUGUCGUGUUCGAAGGACCGUGUCUAUGAUGAAGUCACAAAGAAAUGUUUAUUGCCAUGGUUCGUUCGAGCAUGUCGUAAUUGGCGAGCAUCAACAACAGCGGAGUCGCAUGAUCUGUGGAAUCAAGACACCGCUGAGCACCCCGAUACAGAGGUCGAUGUUCCUCUUCCCUGUAACGGUAAAGCGGACGGUUUCGACCAGCUUGAAGGCUCUGACGAACAAAACACAACUAUCGAUAUGCCACCUACAAGAUCGUUUAUUGGUUAG